AUGGAAAGUAUAGUAGAGAGUUAAUAUACUUCAAUUGAUGAAUUCAUAAACUGCACUCCUGAAAAGCAAGCAGACAUAGUUCCUAUAGAAGAUUGGAGUAAAAUAGAAAUAGAAGAGAAAAUUAAAGUAGAUUGGCAUCCGCAUCCGCUAAAAAAGCGUUUAACAACUGAAAGUAACGGAUGGGCUUGUGAUGGAAAGAAGUAAUUCGUCAAAUGCCUGAGUGGAAUCACUGGAUUCUAUCAAACUGCAGGAGUUGAGGGCUGGAAAUGUCCUCCUUGUGACUUUGAUCUCUGCAAAAAAUGUGUAUAAGUAUCCCUCAUGAUCGAAAGAUGGAAAGAGAGAGAGGAUUGA